CUCUCUCUCUCUCUCUCUAGGGUUAAAACAAGAAGUGGCUGCUCCUGUCAUUCUCUCCAAACUGUAAAGAGUACCCAACGCGGUACUUCUUCGUCUUGUUCUUGCCGCAAGAACAGUAUCCUAGUUCUCUCUCUCUCUCUCUCUCUAGAAGCAUACGCGCUUCUCCCGACGCAAAGCAAAAGUAUAUUCAUCGAGAUUCAGUUCCAUCCUAUAUACCCUUUCUUUCUCUCUCCAGAAAGCUGACGCUGUAUAGGCCAUGAAUUGAAUUGACGGGGGGAGAGGGAGAGAGAGAGAUGACCAAGAUGGAACGGGGGAGCAACUCAGCAUCAUCGUCGCCGCCGCUGGAAUCGCCGUCGUCGAGGGGCCUGGCCACCGUGCUGUCCAUCGAGUGCCUGAAGGGCAGCUCCAAGGCGGACGAGUGGACGGGGGACAUGCUCCAGACCGGGGACAUCGUGGAGGAGCUCCGGAUCGGGGGCUCGGUGCAGAUCCGGUCGCCGUUCAAGAACGGCAAGAGCGGCAUCCAGAAGGUGCUCCACUCCUCCUUCAAGAGCAAGGACACCUUCAUCCUCGUCCGGGUCCGGCGCGGGUUCGACGAGUUCGCCGAGCUGCAGGCCUGCAUCGUCCCCAACGAGACCGCCGGCAAGAAGCAGUACAUGCUGAGGUCGAUCGAGGACCCCAACUACGCCGUCGGGUUCUGCGACCGCAGCGAGGCCGAGUGCCUCCACUUGCAAGCUUCAAGGGGUACGAGGAUGGUAAGUGCACUGUCUAGAACCCAGCUUCAAGAUGGAUAUGUUUCCUACCGAUGGGACCGCAAAAUGCACGAGUUGCUUUCAGUUCCCAAUUCAAGCUGCUUUCUCUCCAUACUUCUCCUUCCAAAAGUCUCUGAUCGGGUUGCAUCUCGUUACAAUGACCUGGAAGACACCCUUGCAAGAGCAAAUGUGUGGCUCAACGCGUCCCAGCACUCUGGCGUGCCGAUUGUCUUCAUGAACAUACAGACUGAAUCCCUGCUCACUAAGAUAUCUGGAGAGACGGCUUCUUCCACUGUAAAUGCUAGCUCAUUGUCUGACCUAUCCAAUCUCGCCACUGCUAGUCUAUAUGGUUUUGAGGACUAUCAUGGGGUUGACAUUGGUGUCGUGAGGGCAGUUCGUCUCUGGUUUGCUCCUCUAGGAGGAGAGUUUCCGAUAGAGAUUAAACUACAGGAAGGUGACACAAAACUUGGUUUCGCCAUAAGCCGAACAGAGGAGGGGUUCAUCUAUAUAUCAACAGUCAUAGAUGAUGAUGAAAGUGCACCCUCAACCCGGUCAGGGCUUAGCAAUCUGUACCGUGAGGCGACUAGCUCAUCCAGGCUUCUUGUCAUCUCAAGAGUAUCGAACCAGAAAGUCCUCCCUUGGAUUGUCUCAUCAACUGGGGCAGUCCGAUGCUAUGACACGGUCUCUCUGAGCCAGAAGCUUUCCUUACACCGCCAUGCCAAGGUGCCCAUCCUCGUGCACGUCUUCCUAUGGGACCGCUCGCUCUUCCCCAUGAGUGGAGGCAGCUCAAGGUUCAGGAUGGCCCACUCGCCACCUGCCAUGGCCUUAGGACCCGAAGCACACAUAUCGCGGCAACCCCAUGUGAACCAAGUGCAGCCUCUGCCUCUCGAGAUAUCAGAUGACGACAUUGUGAUCCACAACAACCCACAGUACAGGAUCGAGCGAGAUACAGCUGGCGAGGCAUCCUUUAGGUUCCAUGAUUUUGCUCUUCCUAAUAAUUGGGUCUGAGAAAUAUGGCUCCGCACUUGAUCCCAGUUCUUCUUUAUGAUGUGUAUAUAGGUAGAGGAUCCCCAUGUACGAUCUUUUUCAACAAAUUUGAAGAGAAGAGGGCAAAAAACUUUCACUGUCCCAAGCAUACAAACCAUCAGUUGAUGUCCUAUGUAUUGAUGUUUGAAUUAUCUGAUAAAGGAAAUUGGACUUUCCCCAAUCCUACAGUUUUCCUU